AUGAUCCAAGAACAUGUCGACAAGGGCUACGUGAGAAAACUCACUAUGCAGGAGUUACAGAAGCGACAUUCACGGAUCUGGUACCUUCCUAUCUUCGCAGUUAUAAACCCGAACAAGCCGGGUAAACUUCGACUGGUUUGGGAUGCGGCUGCCACCGCCCACGGUGUAUCUUUGAAUUCUGUACUCUUAAAAGGUCCAGAUCAGCUGACCUCUCUACUAUCAGUACUGAUUCGUUUCCGGGAGUUUCAAGUGGCGGUAUGUGGCGACAUCAAAGAGAUGUUCCACCAAGUCCGAAUGAGAGAUGAAGACCAGCAAUGUCAGCGAUUCUUUUGGAGAAACCGCAACGAGACUGAACCUAGUACCUACGUCGUACAAGUGAUGACCUUCGGUGCAUGCUGUUCACCGAGCAUCGCACAGCAUGUGAAAAACACUAAUGCAAGACGGUUUGAGCAGAGCCACAAGCAAGCUGUCGACGCUAUCAUUAAGCAACACUACGUCGACGAUAUGCUAGUGAGUACGGAGUCGGAGGAAGAAGCGAUUGAACUGGCACGUAACGUAAAAGCUAUUCACAAGCAAGCUGGGUUUGAAAUACGUAACUGGAUUUCGAAUUCGGUCAAGGUUACAUUACUUUUAAAUGAAUCAAUCACAGAGGAGAAAAACUUAAACAUUGGCGAAGAAGCUACAACAGAGAAGGUACUCGGGAUGUGGUGGAAUACGUCAACGGAUCAAUUCACAUAUAAGACAUCCUCCCGCUAUGAUGAAGAUCUACUAGCUGGUCGUCGUCGGCCAACAAAACGAGAAGUUCUCCGAACGCUGAUGUUGAUAUACGACCCUUUAGGUUUAAUCGCACAUUUCCUGAUGCCAUUGAAAACCCUUCUACAGGAAAUUUGGAGAACGUCGGUUGGUUGGGAUGACCCGAUCGAACAGACGCAAUUCGAUAAGUGGUUAUCAUGGCUGGCGGUACUUCCAAACAUGGGAAUGGUGAAAAUUCCACGAUGCUAUCGCCAACGAACAACCGUUCACGCUGACGUACAAAUGCAUACGUUUUCAGACGCAAGCGAAAAUGGCUUCGCAGCAACCGUCUACCUUCGAUAUUCGGAAGAAAGUGUUAUCGAAUGCGGCUUAGUAGGAGCAAAAACCAGAGUAGCACCAUUAAAAUUCUUGUCCAUCCCGAAGUCCGAGUUACAAGCGGCUAUGCUCGGUGUUCGGUUGGCUGAUACUAUACUAGCGUCUCUCUCAAUCAAGGUUGGUAAACGAUACUUCUGGACAGAUUCCAAAGACGUCCUAAGUUGGCUAAAAUCAGAUCACCGACGAUACAGUCAGUUUGUUGCAUUUCAUGUCAGCGAAAUCUUGGAAUCCACUAAUGUCGUCGAAUGGAAAUGGGUUCCAACGAAGCAGAAUGUCGCUGACGAAGCGACAAAAUGGACGCGAGUUCCAGACUUAUCCUCGAACAGUCGCUGGUACCGGGGACCAGAGUUGCUCUACCAAGAUGACUGCGAUUGGCCAGAAUUUCCAAAACUCAAACCUACAAACACGGAGCUCCGCCCUCACCUACUUGCUCACGCAGUCACUGUAGACGCGGUAAUUAACCCACAAGAAUGCUCAAAAUGGAAAACUCUCCUUCGGCGAGUAGCGCUUAUAUUUCGAUAUGUUGAAAAUUUGCGUCGUUCCGUAAAACGGGAGCAACGUUUGGUUGGGCCAUUGAUACAACCAGAGCUAUCAAAGGCUGAAUACUAUUUGUUUCGCCUAGCACAGUCAGAGGUCUACGCAGAUGAAAUCGCUUUGCUGAAUGCGAAUCACUUGAAUGGAAAAUCUAGGACAAAAAUAAUAAAAACAAACCCACUUUUUAGAUGUGCUAUCCUGGACGAGAACGGGGUGGCUCGUGUUCAGGGACGUACAAAGGCGUGUGCUUUCAUCGAUCGCGAUUCGGCCGAACCCAUUAUUCUUCCACGCAAUCAUCAUGUCACGAAAUUAAUAAUCAUCGACACCCACGAGCGCUUCAAUCAUCAAAAUCAUUCUACAAUAGUCAACGAAAUUUUACAACGUUAUCGUAUUCCGCGUCUCAAAGCAACCUAUCAAUCCGUACGAAGAAACUGUCAGCAUUGUAAAAAUGAUCAAGCUAAACCACGUCCGCCUAUAAUGGCUGAUCUUCCACAAUCACGUCUGGCUGCGUUUAGUCGCCCGUUUACCUACAUGGGAGUGGAUUAUUUCGGUCCAAUAAUGGUUCUCGUUGGACGACACUCAGAGAAACGCUGGGGAGUCUUAGCCACCUGUUUGACCACUCGCGCCAUUCACUUGCAAAUCGCUCACACACUGACCACCGACUCUUGUGUUAUGGCAAUUCGAAACGUCAUGGCUCGAAGAGGAGUCCCAGCCGUUAUCUAUAGCGAUCGAGGAACAAAUUUCCAAGCUACGUGUAACGUUCUCAAAUUAGCAAUCCAGCAGCUCGAUCACGACAAACUUGCAACUGAAUUCAUCUCGAGCCGCACGCGAUGGUACUUUAAUCCACCAGUAUCACCACACAUGGGAGGAGCCUGGGAACGACUGAUUCGUAGUGUAAAACUUAACCUGGCUAAACUGCAACCCAACAGACUACCCACAGAUGAAGUGUUACAAAACGCGCUGAUUGAAGUCGAAAACGUGGUGAACUCACGACCACUCACCGAUAUCCCUUUAGAAGACGAUGAAUCGCCCGUGCUCACACCCAAUCAUUUCCUGUUAGGAUCGGCAAAUGGCUUGCGAUCUUGGGGUCGAGUAAUCGCCACGCAACAAGCUCCCGAUGGACAAGUACGACGUGCUACUGUACAGACAGCAUGCGGUGGAAUCUACGAACGACCCGCGGUAUUACUGGCUGUGCUCGAUUUAGGCGUUAACGUGAAUACGCUUCCGGAUAAUCCUCUGCGCAUUGCGGGCGGGAGUGUUGACAACGCCACAUCGAAAAGCAGUGCUUCGGUGCCCCCAUCUGAUGCUGCAACACUGGACGAAGCGGACGAAGGGAUAGUCUUCGACAAAAGCGUCACACAAUUAAACUCGGAAGAAAAACCGCCAUUGCGAUACUCUAAAAACGACGCUAAGUAUCAGUGA